AACACUUCAUUGUUUGCUUUAUCAUACGAGUAGAUGAGUAGUGUGUUUUAGUGCUUUCAAAGUUGCAUCUUCCUGUUAAGGGGUUCUAUAAACAGGGUAUCAGGUAACAGUGGAGGUAAAUCCAUAUCAAGCUAUCAAUCUGUAAAUCAAGUUGUCGUGACAUAAUUUUCUCCAUAGUAGCAUAUUAUGUUAACAGCAACCAGAUUGCUACUAUGGACUAAAUACUAAAACUAAAUGAUUUAAGGGCGCUCUGAUACAGGACUCAUCUUUAUUAUAAUAGUACAACUUCUUCUACAACAGUGAUAACUUCUACUCUUCACAGCUGUGGUUACUUGCCGAGACCCUGAGGUCAUGUCCUUGGUAUUUUUCCUGGGAAUUUGUCUUUUGUUUAAACCCUACAAUUAAAAAAAAAAAAAACUAUGAAACCGUUAUACUCAAUACACUUAUAAUUGAUAGCUUUUAGUCAGUAAAAUAGAAAAAUACGAUCAUUUACUAACAUAAACAAAAUAAUUUAAUAUAACAAAUACAAAUGUAAUAAUAAGCAUUCAGACCUUCAUGGAGGGAAAUAAAAUUUACAGAACAUUUGACUUGGACCCAUGACCUUAGUAUUUUAAAAUCCAAGAGACUACUACAACCAAUAAUAAUAAUAUUACAAUAGUUAGGCUAAUACUACCGCAAUUACCACAACAUCAUCACGGUAAACGUGCUUUCAGUACGCUGUGUCUCGGGGGUUUUCAUCUAUUUUUCCGACAGCAUAUGAACGCAUCAUCACUUCCUCUAUCCCAAGCCGCGCCUGCCUUCUCUUCUCUCGGUGGGACUGGGGGCUGAACGACGGACGGACGACAGCCCAUCAGCAGCAAAAAAAAAAAAAAACACCAUGUGAAGAAAUAGUAUAUAAAAAGAGACAGGGAAAGCGAACUUGCGAGGGUGAGAACUUCAUCAUUCGUCUCACCAGCACCAGCACCACCGCCGGGUCAGCGUUUUUAACGGCUCGGCAGAGAGCGAAUGGACAGAGCCAGAGAGGAGCAGGACAGUCUCACCAACGGUAGCAGACACGUAUACCAUGCCGACGAGUGAUGGCCCUAGCCACUUCCCAGUGUUUGUGGCUCCGCACCACGCCAACCACCAGAGGUCCCCAGGCUAUGUCCCCGGGCGAGUGGCUCCCGUACGCUCGCCACCACCUGCCAAAGCUCCACCACCUCCACCACUAAAGCCUCAUGGCCCACCACCGGAGAGACCAGCCGCUUUCAACCUUUCAGAGGAGCACCAGCGCAGGGAGUGUGCUCAGAGCCUCCAGCAAAGAAAGAACACACUGAUCUGCUUUGGAGUGUCGAUGGGUGCCUUGUUCCUCACGCUUAUCCUUGUCCUUAGUCUCACAAGUGGAGAGGUGUUAGACGAGAACUGUCCGGACCAUAACCCGUCCCUUAGUGGCUGGAACCCAGGCCACCAACCAGACAAGGCUGUUGUUGUCAGGAGGGACCAUUUGUUGAGAUUAGAUUCUUCUGCAACCUUCUACUCACUGACCAUCCAGUCAGGAGGUCGGGUAGUUUUUGCAGACAAUGCUGAUGGCUCCAAAAACAUAACCUUGAUAACACGCCACAUCCUAAUAGAAGAAGGUGGAGCCCUUCACAUUGGUGCUCCCAAAUGUCGCUACCGCUCUCAUGCCACCAUUGCCCUUGUGGGGCGUUCCAAUGAAAAGGCAGUUCCUGAGGUCCCUGGCCUGGGCCGUAAGUUUAUUGCCGUUCAGAGUGGUGGAACCCUGGAGCUACAUGGUACCAAGAGAGUUUCCUGGUCUCUGCUGACCCGAAGCAUCCCCGCCUCCGGGCUGGCCACAGCAGGUCAUGCCUUCCAGCGGAACUUCAGCCGAGGCAUCAACCUGCGUGUGGUGGACCAGGACACAGCCAAAUUGCUGUUGUCUGAACGCUAUGACACACACGAGUCCCGUAAUGACAGUCGUCGACUGACCCAGCUGCUUCGGUCCCUGCCGGCGGGCCGCAUUGUCACUCUGGCUGUAGGAGACUCUGCUGUCAAAAGUCUUCUAGAUGAAACCAAGAAGACCAUUGAAGAGAAGCUUGGCAGCAGCUUUGUCUAUGAUCUCAAAUACAGGCAGGCGUGGGCUUUGGUGUCUGUGGUAGACGGUGGUAACGCAUCAUGCUCAGAGGACGCCAGGGAACAUGAGAACCACGACACAGGAGGACGAGCUCUGGCGACUCGCAACUUCACAACUGUGGACGGAGUGGGCUUCUCAGUCACAGCCUACAGCGAGUGGAGGAAUGGAUUCCCCAUCUCAGGCUUCCAGGUGGAUGCUGUGGACCAGGUGGUGCUGAACCUUCAGGAUGAAGUGCAGCAGACCUGGAAACCCGGGGAUCGCAUUGUAGUUGCCAGUACAGACUACUCCAUGCACCAGGCUGAAGAGUUCACCCUGCUGCCCUGUCCUCACUGCACCAGCAGGCAGGUCAGGAUACAAGGGAAGCCUCAGUAUAACCAUGUUGGAGAGAUCAUAGAUGGAGUCGACAUGCGUGCUGAAGUGGCUCUGCUCUCCAGAAACAUUCUCAUCUAUGGAGAAAUGGAAAACUCCUGCUACGGAAACAACAUGUGCCAGUUCUACAGCCAUGAUACCUAUGGAGGCCAUAUCAAGAUCUUUGGUAACUUUUCAUCAGUGCAUCUGUCCCACGUGGAGCUGAAGAACAUGGGUCAGCAGGGAGAGACGGGCCGCUACCCCCUCCACUUUCACAUGUGCGGGGAUGUCGACCAGAGGGGAGGCUACUGGGAGCCCACCUAUGUGGACGGACUCUCCAUACACCACUCCUUCUCCCGCUGUCUCACCAUCCACGCCACCAAUGGUUUGCUGGUGAAGAACACUGUAGGUUAUGACACCUUGGGUCACUGUUUUUUCCUUGAGGAUGGGAUUGAGCAGCGGAACACUUUCUACCACAACCUUGGCCUGCUGACUCGACCUGGGACUCUGCUUCCCACUGACCGCAAUGACACCCUCUGCACCAGCAUUAAGGACAAAGUCUACAAGGGCUACACUCCCUUACCCAGCACAGAGUGCAAGGCAGUCUCAACAUUCUGGAUAGCCAACCCUAAUAACAACCUCAUCAGCAACGCAGCUGCAGGUUCUCAGGACGCUGGCAUAUGGUUUGUGUUCCACAGCUCUUCCACUGGAGACUCUCAUGGGCUGGUACCAGAGACCAAGGCAGAGCUCACUCCCCUUGGGAUUUUUUACAACAACCGUGUACACUCCAACUUUAAGGCAGGACUGUUCAUUGAUAAGGGAGUGAAGACCACCAAUGCUAAUGCUGCUGACCCCCGGGAAUACCUGUGUCUAGAUAACAGUGCCAGAUUCAGACCACACCAGAAUGCUGACCCUAGCCGUCCUCGGGUGGCGGCAGUCAUCGACACUCUGAUAUCCUUCAAGAACAACGACUUGGGAGCGUGGAUACGGGGCGGUGACAUCGUCAUCCAGAACUCUGGCUUUGCAGACAAUGGAGUGGGCCUAUCCUUUGCCAGUGAUGGUAGCUACCCGAAGGAUGAAGGCUCCAGCCAGGAGGUGAUACAAUCCCUGUUUGUGGGUGAAAGCCGAAACAGAGGGACCAAUGGAGGACAGAAUAAAUACUGGGGACCAGGAGGGGCUGAUGGAAAGAUGAGGACAUUGCCUAGAAACAGGACAUUUCCAAUCCGAGGUUUCCAGAUCUAUGAUGGUCCAGUGCGGCUUACCCAGAGCACAUUUCGUGGCUUCAUCCCCACACCAGAGCGUUAUACCAACGCAGUGGGAUUCAACCUGAAGAACACCUGGCAGCUCACCCCACGAAACAACUUGUCCCAGCUCAGCUUCCACUCCAAUGUGGGACUGCGGACGUUCUUUGGUCGCCCUGGACAAUGGUUUGAAGAGAAUGACCUGGACGGUGACAAAAACUCCAUCUUUCAUGAUGUGGAUGGGUCAGUAACCGGCUACAGAGACACCUACGUCGGCAGAGCAGACAAUUACCUGAUCCAACAUCCUGGCUGUGUGAACAUUUCCCGGUGGAGUGGAGUGAUCUGCAGCGGCCGCUACUCACAGGUGUACAUCCAGACACAGGGAGCCCCCAGCCUCAGUUUAUCCAUCAGCAGAGAUGAAUAUCCUGAUGUUCCUCUGGUGCUGAGGGGGAUUAACAGCCAGGGGGCACUGUCUCAGCAGUACCAGCCCAUCCUGAUGAUGAGCAAGAGCUACACUCUGCACUGGAGUGGCCCUGCGCCCAGAGAGGUUGUCCUCUCUCUCAUCAACUUUGAUAAAGAUGACUGGGUGCUGGUGGGACUCUGUUACCCAUCAGAAACCACAUUUCAGAUCAUGGCCGACAUCAACGAUAGGCAAAGCAACACUUUUGAUGACAUCACAGACUACGGCACUGUGUCAUCCCUUGCAGAGCUGAAGAAGAGACCUAUGGAAAGGAAAUACUUCUUUGACCAACCUGUGGGCUUGUUAUGGCUCUACCUUCGCGCCCGGCAUGGUCGUGAUGGUCACAGCUACUGUUCCAUGAAAGGCUGUGAAAGAGUGAAAGUCAUGGCCACAACAUCCUCCAAACAAACCUGUAACUGUACAGCUAAGGCUUACCCCAAGUACUCCAAGACUCCCUCAGCAGUGAUUCCCAUGCCAGCUCUAAACUCAAACCCCUGCAAAGGAUGUGGUGCUAAACAGCUUGUGUUUUCCAGCGAGCCAUGGACCUUCUACCUCCAGACACAAAUCAAGUCUCUCAGCAGCAAAGAGCAGCAGAGAGGAGAUAACAGCUCUUUUAUUACUGUGAAUGCGGUGACCAUGCCCUUCUCUCAGCCUGGAUAUUUCCUGGUCUCAGUGGAUGCCUGCUCCGGAAAAGUCACCAAGAAAACCUCAUUUUCCAGAAUGGAUGCCAAGAUGGAACAGUACUUAAAAACUGGAAUACCAAAGAAGUCAAUAGUGCUCAUGGCAACUCGAGGUCAGCCAGAAGGCCUGGUUGGUGUAGCACCAUAUCUGAUCUCCUUUGGUAUGGCUAAAGCUGCUAGUCUACACGGUAAAGAGAGUCUGGCACUCUGGGGCUUCCAGGGUGGUUCCUCUCCCCCUUCGUGGGUUUCUCUGUAUACCGGGCAGGGGGAUGACUUCCUGAGGCUGCAGGAGCGCUACUUACCCCUGGGUUUGGAGGCAUACGGCUGUACGCCACCUGCAGCUCAAAAGCGCAAAGACCUGGAGCUACUUAAAAAAGCCACAGGACUUCAGUGACCAAUGUGAACUGUACAACUUACCUACCCAAAACACUCUUGCACACAGAUACACAAACACACACAACCAGCUGAUGAAUGUGAACUGCUGAACCUUUAAUUUAUUAACAAAAGCCAAGAUGUUUACCAAUAUCAAGUGGAGAGAAGGUAUUUUAUUAUGGACGGGGGAGUAUUUUUGUGAUUUUGUUUGUGUGUGCGUGCGUGUGUGUGUAAGUAUGCCUUGGGGCCGCUGAGUCAAUGCACUUUCCUUUUAAAGUUGCUAUAUGUAUGUUUUCUCUGCUGCUUAACAUGGUUUGUUGCCAGGAGCGGGUGGUGGUGGUAGUGGAGAUGGUCACUUGCCAAGAGCUUCAGCCUUGCAUUUACAAGACAAGAGGUUAGAAUACACCCACUGAUCAGCGCUACUUCUUCAUCCUCUCAUACUGAGCUGAGGGCAGACUGGAUGCUACAAUGAUUCACUGUCGCAAAGUAGUAUUAUGAGACAGCAUGGGCCAGGGCUAACUGGUUAGCAAGCUAAGUUUAGUAGAAGAACAUGAGUGAUAGAAAUAGAAACAAACGGAGUCAACAUUGGUGGUGCUUUCCACCACUGGAGACAGCUCUUGGUGAGUAAAUGGAAUGAAGUUUGCUGCUGAACUAGCAAUAUUUCUUCUAGACUGUAGGUGGACAGCUGUUAAGGCUAACGUUGACUAUGUAGCAAUAGCAAAAAACUUACAUGUAGCACCUUUUAAAGACACAACUUGCCUUAUCAGCCAAAGUGAUCAAAUAGAGCUUUGCAAUACUGUAACUCAGUUGUUUAUCUUCGACAACAGAAAAAACAAACCCAAAGCAACCUUUAACAUCUACCUACCAAUCUUGUUAUUUAUUAUGUAGUAAAUAAGAACAGAAUGAAUUGGGUCGUGUCUGAAAACAAAACAUAAUGCAUUGGAUACACACACGCCGGUGGGAAAUUAUGAAAAUAAAUUGCAUUGUCCCUGAAAUGAGAUCAUGUUCGAUUGGAACUGAAAAUUAAUGAUGUAUUAGAUGUGCUCAGGUCAAAAGGAAAUGAUGAAAAGUGCCAUUGCAUCUGAGAAUUAAACAGACGAAAAUUAACAUGUAAUGUUAUAAAACAGAGCCAGUGGGUUAGAUGUGUUAGGGAUUAUUUAAUGCAAAACAUGUCAAGUCAUUACAAGCCAUAUCCAUAUAAAUAUUUAAAUAGUUAUAUAGGCAUACAGUGGUUUGUAGUAAAAUUGAUUUGGCUAUCUUGCCUUUCUAACACAUCAUAAUGUCAUUAAACAGGUACCUUACUACUAUGUAGGUCAUUACUUUCUUUCCACUAAUCCUCAAACACAUCUUUUAUCUUUUUAGUUGAGAUCUGUAACAACUGAACUUUAACUGGAAAACCUCUGAUCAUCGUGCAGCUGUACAACUAAAGACUUUAAGCACCUUUUUAUGGAUUCUUACAUGGACUUACUGGAUCUUUUAUCUCAUAUCUUUUAUUUAUCUUCUCGCAAUAAUGGUGUCUCAAGUGCUGGCCACAUGUCCAGCACAAAUAUACAUAUUAUGUUACUUUUCUUUCUAUUUUUGUUUUCUUAAACAGCAUUGAAUGUUUUAUCUUUCAUCUGCCUCAUUUAUGACCUUUUCAUGUGCAUUUUUGCCAAACCGUGUUUAGAUACAUUACAGGGUGCUUUUUAGAGAUGGUACCCUGACUGUACAGUAGUGAGCAGCAAAAAAAUGCAUACAGAUAAUAUACCAGCUGUAAGGUAUAAGGCUUUAUGUUUUGACCUACAGUAUAUAAUCUUUUAUAGGGUGUUUGGAUGUGAGCAGGGCUCCCCCACUGAGCAAUGAUGAGUACCUAUCUGUGACUGUGUAUGUGUGUGUGUGUGACUGUGUGAGUAUAUGACUGACCAUGUGAGAUAGAGAGAGGACAAUUACCUUGUUGCCUUUUAACCACUCUACUGUUAACGCGGAAGAAAGAGGAGCAAAAGAAUGAGAGAAAGAUGUUUCCAUCCUUUGCCUUUUGUUCAUAUAAUGCACAACCAGAGAGUUCUUCAUCUUUUUUUAAAUAGAAGUGAGCUUUGUAAAUAUGGUGUUUAACUCAAACUGUACAUGUAAUGGAAAAACUGGUUGUCAAUAGUGUGUAUUUACUGUUGUUUUUUGUCAUUUGGAAGAACUUAAGUCAAUUUGUUCAACAUGGAAGACUCAGCAUUUGUUAUGAAAUUGCCAAUUAAAUAAACAUUUAUGCUUUGUGAUAAAAUCA